AUGCAGCGCCGCGACGACCCCACCGGUCGUUUAUCGCGAGGGCAGGGUCCCGGUGGCCGCGCUCCGCAGCCGCGCCGGCCGCCCCGUGGCGGAGGAGCCCGCGGUGCUUCCAGCGGGGCGCAGCCGCCUCCCGGUGUGGUUGCGGGCGACGGGGCCUCAGGGCAGGGAGGCUCCGGUGGUUCGGCCCAGAUGGUUGGAGGCAAGAUGGAGCCGGAGAACAAAUAUCUUCCUGAGCUGAUGGCCGAGAAGGACAGCCUGGACCCGUCCUUCACGCACGCCAUGCAGCUCCUGACCGCAGAAAUUGAAAAAAUCCAGAAGGGUGAACCAACGAAGAAGGAUGAGGAAGAAAAUUACCUGGAUUUAUUUUCUCACAAGAAUAUGAAACUGAAAGAACGAGUUCUGAUCCCUGUCAAACAAUACCCCAAGCUGACUCUUUCUGUGUCCUUUUUUUUCUCCCCCCUGUGUGUGUCCUUUUCCCAGGACAUGAUGGAUGACAUCUGCCAGGAGCAGUUCCUGGAGCUCUCUUAUCUCAACGGGGUCCCAGAGCCCAACCGUGGCCGAGGGGUCCUGGGGCGGGGCCGUGGGGCAGCCCCACCUCCACCUGUGCCCAGUCCCCACCCUUGCCAGGGCUAUGAUGACACAUAUGCAGAGCAGAGCUAUGAGGGUUAUGAAGGCUGCUACUACAGCCAGGGCCAAGGGUGA